AUAUUUUGCAUACACUAAAAAUGGCUAGUCAUACAAUCAGGUAUGUAAUGAAGUGAUAGUUAAAAGCAAAGACAUGGAGACUGACAAGUACUACUUAAUUGAUAAUGUAACUGCAGAAGUUAAGCAAAUCAAUAAGAACGGUGACUAUAUUAAAAAGUUUAAUAUCGAACUAACUGGCAAAGCAAAUUAUAGUGAGAGAGUAGCCAAAGCAUAAGGCGUAAAUAAUAAUUGAGUAAUUUAGGAUUAAGCUUAUAUGCCUUACAGUACAAAAGUAUUAUAAACAAAGCCAAAUCUUUAUACUCCUUAAACUGACAAGUUUGAUAGUUAUGCUCAACUACCUCGCACGUUAUAAGAACCCUAUAUAAAUAAUAGUCGUAAAAGACCCAAGACAACUCUUGAAGCAACCAAGUACUUGCUUGAAGGAAAGGAGAAAAAUAAAAAGUAUUAGAUAGGCAAACAAUUAUAACAUAUAACUGGCACAAUUCAUGAUUACUUCAAAGCCAAGAAAGAAGGCAAAAUACAAAUCUUAAAGAUGAGGACAGAAACUAAAAUGCAAGAUUUUGUAUCAGGGGGAUCUGUUAAAAUAAUAAAUGGACAAGAAUUAAAUCAACCUCAAAUUAUUCAUAAUCCUCCUCCAGAAAAAAGAGCAAAAUCAGCUUCUAGAAUCAAAUGUGAUACUAUUGCAAACACAAUUGAAACCAGAGCAUAAACAAGUUAAUAAUCAAGAACAAUUGUGCCUUUAGAAGAAUAGAAACUGAAAUCUAUGUAAUCUUAUGGAACUUUAAAUCAAGAAUUGUAAAAUACAGAAUCAAAGGCUUUGUUUUAAAGUAGAACUUAUAUUCAGACAUCUCAAUCUAAAAGAAGUCAGAAUGUGAUUGACUAAAAUGUUUAGUUAUACAAUGUACCUCAUUUUUAAGAAAGAUUAGAUAUCUUUAAAAAAGAGAUUUAGAGUUUUACUUUGCCUCAUCCUAAAGAGAUAUAAUAGAUCACUUCAAAAGGGAGAUUCAAUUGUCAUUUGGCAGAUAAUAAAGAACAUUAUGUUUAAGAUCGUAUGAUGAUGAAACUAUGUAUAUAUAUAUUUUUGACACUAAGUCUAACCUGAAUAAUAUAAGUAGAAUGAAAGUCCAAAGAAAUAAGAGAUGGAAAAAUAAAGAAGGAUUUUGGCUAAGAUGAAAGAAACUGAAAUGUUGACUAGAAAUUUAAAAUUGAAGAUAUGAAUUACUUUUCUGGGAAAUAUAAUUAAAAAU